CACAAUUAACAUUGAGGAAGAGACCACGAUAUAUGUCUUCAUAGUAAGAAACAUGAUAUCCAUGAUUGAAGCUCAUACCGCAGCAAUGACUUAUAUAUAUAUUUUUUAUUGUUAGUUUAAAUAUAUGAAUUCCUAAUUUUAUAAGUUGUAUAUAUUAUUUAAUCGUGUUACUGGCUCUCUGUUAUCAUAUUAGAUAUAUGUUGAGUAUUUGGUUGAUUUUUCAAAAAAAAGUCCAAAAAAAAUGGGAAUCCAACAUAUAUAGUGAAUCGUAAUGAUAUAGGAUACACUAAAAAAAACUCUUUAACUUUUUGUUCUUUUAGUAAUUGAAGUCAUCAAUUGAUGAAAAAGUGAGCGAUGGAACAAGAAUAUUAAGCAAAAACAUUUGAGAGAGAAUUUUCUUCACAAGCAGCCUUUCCCGAAAUCGGAGUCGUAAUAAAUUUUACUUUUAAGAAUUGCCACUAUUCUGAUAUUGGAUCUUACUACGAUCGCAAUUUCCAAUUUUGUUUCACGUUGAAAAGGCUCUGAUUUGUGGCGGAUUUCACCGAAUCCUAAUUGAUUUUAAAGGAAUUUGGUGAAUCGAUUUGGUAACCGUACCACGGGACGAAUUGGAAGCAGUUCGAGGAUUUCAUAUAUUUGAUCAUAGAUUUUUGAACGAAAAAGGUUAAUUUUUGUCGAUAAGUGUGAUUCGAUAGAGCGAUGUUGACAUCAACAGUUAGGUUUGUGAUGUAAUAUGGCAUUGGCUCUUACACGAUUAAACAAUGUCGCUUUACAUUGGUCGCGAGACUUUCAAGCUCUGGAAAAGAAUUAGUGCAGAAACUACAACUGAAGUCAACCUUCUAGCGGAGAACUGGAAGUAUGUUCUCGGCGGUUUAAUUUGCCAGUACAUGCAUGGGCUAGCUGCUCGAGGUGUUCACUACAUUCAUCGCCCUGGGCCAACUCUACAGGACACUGGAUUCUUUCUACUUCCGGAGCUUGGAGAAGAGAGAGCAUACGUUAGUGAGACAGUUUUUACUUUCAUCUUUCUAUCUUUUGUCUUGUGGACAUUUCAUCCUUUCAUAUUCAAGACCAAAAAGAUCUACACUGUUCUAAUAUGGUGCAGGGUCCUUUCAUUCUUAGUUGCUUGUCAAUUUCUUCGUGUCCUUACAUUUUAUUCUACUCAACUUCCUGGUCCAAACUACCAUUGUAGAGAGGGUUCACGCCUUGCAACAUUGCCUCGUCCAGAUAAUCCUCUUGAAUUUCUAUUAAUCAUGCCACGUGGUGUGCUUUAUGGAUGCGGUGAUUUGAUAUUCUCAUCCCAUAUGAUUUUCUCUCUUGUAUUUGUGCGAACAUAUCAAAAAUAUGGUACACGGAGAUUUAUAAAACAAUGUGCAUGGCUAACUGUUGUGAUUCAAAGUUUGUUAAUUAUUGCUUCUCGCAAGCAUUACACAGUUGAUGUUGUCGUCGCAUGGUAUACAGUCAAUUUGGUUGUUUUCUUUGUUGACCGGAAGUUGGCAGAUAUGCCUGAGCGUAAUAUAGGGGCGCCUAUAUUGCCAUUGAGCAAAGAUGUCCGGAUGAAAGAAGAGAAUAUUAAACUUGUGAAUGGCAACCCCGGAGAUCCUGUAGAUUGGAGAUUGAGAAAUCAAGCGAAUGGGAAAGUUAACGAAGAUAGCAAUGGACUUCAUGUUGAUGUAUUGGAUGGUGUAUAGUCAACGAAAGUCAAAAUCACAACUUCAACAAUUUUAAUUGGGUAAGAAAUACGAUUUGAGGCGAUUUGAGGGCAUGUUAAUAUGUGUUAUGUUGCUACAUGUCGAUGUUGUCCUCUAUUCAUUUUAUUACAGAAUUUUUAAUUUCUCUCAGUUAGCAUUUUCAGUUUUUUUAUAAAAUGGCAAUUGUAUAUGAUUCCACCAGUACUUGUACUUUAUUUAUCUAUGCUAUCGUUAUUCAGAUAAAUCGAUAAAGUCCAAAGAAC